AUGAACGACCCCGAAUUCGACGAUGUAAAACCUUCUCUAUCAAAAGAAGAUUGGAAAAAAAAAUAUGUUGAACGGAUUCGAAGUCUAUCAUCUUAUAAAAAGACUAAACCUUCUUUACCGAAUUCAACAAAACCUGAAUUAUGGAAAAAAUAUCGAAUAGACCUUUCCGAAUAUUUGGAGCAUUCUAUGUAUUUAGAACCUAUUUGUUCUAAACUAUCCCUUAUCGAUAUUUUAAUAUCGGAAAAUCCCGGUAAUGAUGACGAAGCCAUAAUCAAUGAAUAUGCAAAACAAUGGAGGAUAGUAAAAAUAUAUCCAAUAUCAAGCUUUCUAGGGAAAUAG